AUUUCAUUGAAGGUAUUUUUUAACUCUCUCAAAUUGGAAAUACCCUUCUUUCUUGUUUCUAAUAACUCUAAAGGAAGCUUGUCCUAUAAAGACGUUUAAAAGUAUCAACAGAUUCUCUACUUUCGAAAUAUUUUUUUUGUGAGAAAGAAAAUGUUUCGCCUUCCUGUAGAGAUAUGGUCUUUAAUAUUUAAAGAUCUCUGGAGAAGUGAUUUAAUAAAUUUUUGUGAAGCUUUUAACGAGCUGGACUACUUGCUGGGAGAAAAUAUAAUCAAGAAAUUUGAUGCGCAAGGAAGCUACAAGUUUGCUGAUGUCAAUUUCGUUAAAUAUAUGUUUGAAAACGUGCAAUAUCAUCAUAUCAGGGCUUUAAACAUAAAUAAUCUUUACUGGGUACCGCUAGAUGAUUUAAGAAAUUUACUGAGCUUUUUACCUAAAUUAGAAGAACUAUAUGCCUUGGAAACUAAUUUAGGUUUAAAAAGAGAAGAUGUGAAACUUUAUGGAAAUCUUAGGGCAUUAGCGGUUUGUGUAUCACGAAAUGAUUAUAAUAAAUCAGAUAGCCUUGACAAUAAUUUAGUAAAGGAUCAUUUGUGCCAUGUGCAGAGAUUUUGUCUUAAAUUUACAGUGGAAGUGCGACACCGAGAUUUAAUUGAAGUUUUUACAAACAUGUCUGCUUUAAGAGAAAUAUGGAUUGAGGAAUAUCCAUCAUUUUCUGUAAACUAUCGCGAGAUUGUCCGUAACUUAAAGUUUCUAGAUAAAUUAGUAAUAAAAAUGACAUUUGCUUUAGAAAAUGUUGACUAUUCAAUUGUUGGUAUGGAUGCAGUUUUUAAAUGUAGACGAUUUCAAUCGAUGGUUAUGUACGUAAAGUGUGCCGAGGAAAAGCUAGUUCCUUUAGGACAUACUUCAUUUUUUCCUGGCAUAUCGCUACUCCAGCUAUCAUGGAACAGACUUAGUAGAUAUCAACAUUCUGUCUGGUAUGAUGUGAAAGCCGCCGAGAAAAUCUACAUGACUGGGAAUGUGGAGGACGUGCAAUUCGAAGAACUAAAUUUUUCUUACGGCUACGCGUGUAAUUUCGAUUUUAUCUUUGCAUGUUGGGGUAUUCUCCUAACACCGAACUCAAGAAAUCUUAAAAAACUUUGUAUAAAAGCUUGUGUAUUUCAAACAAACCCAUUUCUAAAAGAUGAUAUUUUAAAAGAAACCUGCGGACGAACGUUAAACUACCAACUUCAGGAUAUAAUAGAAAAUUGUAGUAAACUUCAAGAACUUGAAUUAGUGCAUUGUGCCAGGAGUUGUCACUUGUCUCGUGACGUCAUUAAGGCAGAUUGCUAUACGUGGAUAAGUCAAUUCGUUCAUUUGGAAAAGUUAACUGUUGAAGUACCUAUUUUUGAUAAUGGGGAAUUCCUGAUAAAGGUGAUACAAAACUGUAAAAAACUGAAGUACCUAAAAGUUAUUAGCUGUAAGAUGUCGAAUAGUAACCGCGGUCGUAUUGAGUACCCCCCUGAGUGGGGAAGUUUAUCGAUGGACACUAUAACGGACACAAGAGUCCUAAUUGCUAAUGACAUUCUAAAUUGGAAUUUAUCACUCGCAAUAAAGGAUGCAGAAUCUUUAGAAGAUUUCUUUGUUGAGAGUAAGCAGAUCAAUUUGCAGUUCUUGCUAGCAGGUUUGAAAGAAAUCAGCUCGUGCAAACUAAGAAGAAUACACAUGUAUGGUAAAUACAAAGGUUCGCUGUUUCUGCCAAAAUCGGACUUAGGGAUAAUAUUGAAAAAAAAUCCCCAGCUGAUUUACUUGGCUUUGGAAAAAAUGAUACGUAGGAAUAAUAAAUACAAACAUAACAAAGCCAAGUAUUACUAUCUAUAUCAAACUUCUGAAUUGACGUCUUACCUCUGUUGCCAGCAUAUUCACAAAAACAUACAAACACUUUACAAACAAGACGUAGAGUAUGUUUCCAUACGCAACUGGUUAGAUAUAGGCCAAUUCGACACAAAUGUGUCUAUAAUCGACCUAGCGGAUUUCAGAUAAGAGAAAUGCUUAAUUUUGGUGGUAAAAAGUGCAAAAACACAAAUGGAUUUAGUUUCAAAGAUGAAAAGGGCGUUAUAAUAAACAUCCCCAGAAGUUAUUAUUCCCCGCAGCAACGUUGAUAGACGUCAGACGAUAGUCUUUUUUAUUUCAUCAAACAAAUAUUUCGAAUACGACAGUUCGGUUACUAACAGUUCUAUUGACUUAUUUUUUCUUUUGUUGCGACAA